CGCUAUUUUUAACUUCUGUAUUGCAACAUUGUGCACUUUUUAGUUUCGCAUUUUAAUUCGUGUAGUGAUUUUGAUAUUUAGUAGUUUGUUUGUUUUUUUUUUUUUAAUUUGGAGCUGAUUUAUUUUUUUACAUAUAUAUAUGGAUUUAUGACAAGGCAUACGACACAAUUUAAACGGCAUGCAUUUAUUAAAUUAAAUCUAUUGUUAAAAUUGUCUUUUUAAAUCUAAAAAUAAAUUUUGCAUUUAAAGCUAAAAAUGUUAAUAAAUUUUAAUGUGUCUUAUUAGUUUGGCUAUAUAUAAAAGCAUUUGAAAAUUUCAACAAUUUCAUAAUUUUUGGCUGGAAACAUUCACACUCAACUUAGUGGGUGUGGUAAAAGUACUCAGAAGUCAAAAACUUCACACACUAUUCAGCAGCUCAAAUUUGCAUUUCGAUGCUUUUCAAAAAUUAAUUUAAAAAAAUAUAUCUUAAUACGGAACUAAGGGAGCUAUUACAGAAAUUCAAAAUUCUAUCAAAUAACUGCUUUGGAUUACAAUCUGGCUUAUAAUUUCCUAGUAUAAAGUUAACAAUGAAUCCAGAUCCAACUGUACGAAAAGUCGUACAAGUGGCGGAGCAAGUACAACAGCCUUUGCAUGUGCCCGUGGUCGUCGGCAACGAAUGUUUUAUAAUCACACAGCAGGAUAUUCGAAGAAUUGAGGAUUCUCGACUAUAUUCUUACAAUAAAUUGAAUGCAAAAGGCGAAGUAAUACCAAUGGAUACCACGGACUCCUAUGUAAAUGGGCGUGAUGCUUUGCUGUCCUGUAUCCGUCAGCCAACACAAUUUCAGCAGAAUGCGUCUAUUAAUCCAUUGAAUAUAGGAAUAUUGUCGGAUCUAGUCACACGUGCUUGCAAUAUAACUGCAGCAAUGCAGCAGCAGCAACAGCAACAACAGGCUACACAAAUGGCAUUGACAAUGCCCGAUUUACUGGCAUACAACCGGCCACAAUGUAUACAAAGUGCAGGCUAUACACCGGUUGCAGCAACGCUACAGCAACAGUUGGAUUGGUCGAAGGCUUGCGACACGAUGCCGACACAAGCAUCCAUGCAUCCACUGCAUCAUACUUUGGCCACAUCGACCACGGAGAUUGCGCGAACCCAGUGCGUUCCCCAAACACCCUCUACGAAAAGUCAUUGUUGCACACGCGGUUGCAACACCAUGGAUAUUGACGUCAGCUUAUCAUCGAAUACGCAAGCUCCUAUCACCACACGUUCGGCUACUUGUUUAUGCGCACGUCAACAGGCGAAACAACGUAAAAUGACACAGUUUCGACUUUAAUGUCGUUGAAUCAGAUUUGUGAAUAAUUAAAUGAAAACUGUUGGCGUGGUUUGUUUCGUCGUACGAUCUCAUUUAUGUAACUGUUAAAUAUUUUUUUUUAUCUUUUGUUGGAAAUUUUAUUUACUUUAUGUUUCUACUGUUUGGGUAAUAUUUAAUUUAAAAAAAAUUUAAUGUUUUUUGAUUGUCGCAACAACGGAAAUUAACGACUUUUUCGUUUUCAAUA